GCACAGAUGUUGCUACUUAUAUUGUAUAGUGUCAUCAAUAGGUAGCAUAAACUCAUACGUACAUAUCAUACAGAACUCUUCUUAAUUUGGAUCAGACACGAAAGUGCUUCACUUCGUUACAUCGCUUUAGAUCGUGUCAUCUACUUAUUCAAACCUGGGUGAACAGUUUGCUAUAUCCCGUUGAGGAAGGUUUGAACAAGCUCCUUGGCAUUCAGACUCUUGCUAUUCCGCGCCUUUGUCCGGAGGUGGGUGAAGCAGUCGCGAUGGUGGCGACAACAUUGACAGGGAGCGAGCGCCAUUCCAGUCACGAAAAAGUGGCGUCACGUUUAGAGCAUUUAAUUGCAGAGUUCACGUCACUUAUAGAAGAGUUUGAUGCCGCCGAAUCCAGUUAUCUGCAGAAGAAGUUUCAAUUAGCAGCCGAUGGCGGCGAAGAUGAUGAUAUGAACAUAUUGGACGGUGACAGCGAUGCGGCAGACAAAGAAUUCCAAACGUAUAAGGAAGAUACUGAGAGCAAAAUCCUAGGAAUCCGAUUGGAGAUCAAAUCAUUGGACGUGGCAUUGUGGUCCAAUGUUGAGGAGGCCAUGAACGAAACGGAAGACGCCAAAGAGAACGUGGAGAAGCGCGAGACCAUAUUGGAUCUCCUCAGAUACGAAAAAAACCAUUACUGGCGCCUGUGUGAAGCCUGCCGUGAUUUCAAGUCAAAAGUAGAUGACAUCGAGCUGUCUAGCAUAGCCGAAUUUUACGAGCGCGCCCCCGACUCCUUGCGGAUAUUCAGGCAAGAGACUGAUGUUACGCCAGCACAGGUCAUACAAGCAACCCACGCACAAGUAGCAGAAGACCUCGCACACACAAGCAUGGAGGUGGCUGCAGCCAAUGUGCCUGCACCGCACACCCUAGACGCACACAAACUGAUGCUCAAUAGGCUCGCCUGGGAACUCAGUGAGCGACUGAGCUUGGGCAAGCAGCAACGCCGAUUGGAGAAGCAGAUGAUCAAGUUAAACGCAGAACUAGUGGACAAGCGUAAGAGAGAUAGAGAAGCCGAAAGAGACCUGGUCACACUUCUGGCGGCUGCUGACCCGCUGCAAGACCUCUUCGGUUCGCCGGAGACCCCUAGCUGGGACGACAACACAGCCAACCUGCUGCCACCACCCCUACACGCGCUGUACUUGAACGCAAUCGCUCAUCAAACGACUUCAGGUGAUAGCCAUUUCUCCGUGGUGGUAGAAGGUGAUGUCAACAAAGCAAAAGUAGUGGAAGAGGCUAAUGCACGAAAUGCCGCAAUGGGGGAGAAGGAGGAGGAUGCCACGCAAAUGACUGAGGACCUGCCACUCGACCGCCACCCGCUGACUGUGGUGAUCAAGAUGGAGGAUGUGCAAAGAGACGUGAUCUUCAGCUUCCUGCCCCAGCUUGGUAUCAUGUGCGCCUGUGAGCGUACGCCCGACGGUGUCGUUGGGGUUGACAUGCUAUCGCAGUUCGACGCCAUGGACACUGGCAAGCGAUCACCCAACCCGGCCAACGAUUACCAACUCGACAGAAUGGGGCUGACCUCUGUGUCUGUGUGCACCAUGAAGCAUGGAUAUGGCAAGCCUUACCGGUGGACUCAGUAUCUCGGGGGCAUCGAAUACCUACCUACCAACCGCCGAUACCUACUGACGCCUGACACAAGGCGACUCAGUUUUGAGAAGUUCGUCGCUCGUCUAAGAUCCAUGAACUAACCCGGCUAACGCAAUUGUACUACAACACCGUGAAGACAACAGAAUACCUCAGUUCAUCGCAGUGCCAAAUUACGAGCGUGUAGUCGAAUGGGACUAUAUGCCAAAUAUCGAGCAAUUGACAAGCAAUCUUCCCGACUGUGAAGCCCUCAACCUCACAUGGUGAUAUAUAUUUAGGCGCGAUAGGUCGCAGGUAAUGGCUCGCCGUAUGCGUUCAUCCACACCGACCGACUGCUGGAGGCAAAGGCUGUCGUAUUAUUCGAGUGUGGACUCCAGCGGAAUGGCCUAGGAAGUUCUCUGCAAGUGUGGCGACAUCCCAUCUGAUCACUCAGGAUACUUCAGUACGAAUCAAUGAGCUACGUGCUCUGAUAGUACCAUGCGGCAAUAAUAUUAACCGUUGCUAUCGUAUCCGCCGGUUCCUGGUCGUGAUUGCUAUGGUAGCUAUCCGCAUGCACGUUGAAGUAUCACGGAAUAACCCAAGGCGCAACAGUGUGCUGCGCAUCCUGACAGUACCCAUGCGGGCCCGAAGUGCGGCUGUGUCAUAUGCCCAUGUUGUCUGCUACAAUGAACCGCACGACUUGCGGUGUGUGCUGACUAAUAACUGAGCCUUUGACUCGCUUGCUCAGAGAAGGAUCCUCGACACCAUCUUAGGUGCGAAAGGCAAAGGACGCGCCCAAUAACACACCACCUGCAGCGUAACCCAUAGGGUCGUACGGGCGAAUCACGCAUAGAGCAAUAAAGGAUCAGCGAGCUUUAGUCCUACAAGCAAUGCGUGUCACUCUAUGGGUGCCCCGCCUAUAGCCACUUUCACAUGACCUAAAUAAUCAUUCCUCGCCCAACGUGGAGGUGCGCGUAUAUCGAUAUGCCACCUUCACCUACCUUGACCCUAAACAUCACCCCUCGGCCCGAAAUGGCAAGUGCGCUUAAAUCAACGAUGCAGUUGUAGGGUAGCCCUCGCCAGCACCACGCGCUUCUUUCCGAUGCACGCGUACGGCAAGACACCAUUUGUAGCGCGACCCGCAUCAGUUUAGUGUAUACUCGGUAAAACGGGAGGUAUUCAUAUGUAUAUCGAAUCGACAACGCGUGUAUAUGUCCUCGGUAGCAUAGCUCAGCACUAGAUAGGAAGCACGCGUACGUCAAUGCACCACCUGUAAAUCUUCGGUCCUAGAUUGCCACAUCGGUGCGGCUUCUCCGGGAUAGUCUGCCGCCCAUACUCAAGGCUGAUGCGCGGGAUGGUCUCUGUGAAUAAGUUGACUUCUUCAUCUGUGCUGAAGUAGUACACAUGCAGCCACCCACCCACGGGACUUACCAGAGGCAGUGCUACAUCCAGGAACGAAUCCCCCAUAUGCGGCAUGGGCAUGACAAUUCGAUCGAAGUUUGCAUGCACAUUCCGGUUGGUAGGUAAAUCGGGAUCACUGACUUCGUCGGCACUGACUAAAGGAUUGCUCUUGUGUACUGGCGGGAACACCUCACGCACAUCGCCAACUAGCACCGAACAGGUUUUUUGGAGCUUGUUCUUCUUGAUAUUUAAAUUGGCAAACUCUGCAGCCACUGUAUUCAUCUCCACGCCUACCACACUCGAGCAAGCGCUAAGCCUGCCGAUCACACAGAUGUACGGGCCAACACCACAGAACAUCACACACACACGUUCCUUCGCACGCACUAGCGCUGCGACUCUCUUGCGCUCAGCCGAUGACCUGGGUGAGUAGUACGUAGUCGCCACAUCCAGUGUGAGUCUGAUAGAGUUCUCGCUACACGUGGUGAGGGUGCGAUUAUCUCCAGCCACGUGUGAGUAUUUCUGGAUACGGAAUGCACCGGAAUGGCCCCCAUCCUUCUUCAGCACAACCUACAUAGCAUUCACAAGUGGCGGGGGUGGCAUGAGAAAUCGCACAGGUGAACAUAAGGGUUUAGAGUUUAGGGUCCAGAGUUGUGUAUAUCACUUGUCCUCAAAUCU